GCGUGCGUGCGUGCGUGCGUAUGUGUGUGUCAUACGGACUGAACGCAGAGGUGCACCUGACCGUGAACGGAGACAAGCGCAUCAUUCCAGUUUUAAAACACUUGAGCGCCUGACCAAGACAAUGGACUUUAAAGGUGAUAUUCAUACAAAUGGAGCUCCCAAGUCUGGCCAGGAAAAUCUGUUAAAGAAAGAUAAUGUGGCUACCCCAGAGGCAAGGAGUUUUGAAAUUAAAGUUGGUGACCCCGUGGAUAAAACUGAUGGGAAAAAAGAGGACCCCAGCUUCAUUUCUGGAUUGUCUGUAGGGCAGACUUGGCGUCAGUGCCAGGGUUCUCUGGGAGAAAAUGGCUUUGGUCAGAUCUGUAACACUGACAUGUUUGGUUUCACCCAGCAAGGAAUGAAUACAAGUGCUAAUAUGAAUGUGGGACUGGCCCCCUUUCAGUCCACUGAACCUCCCACCAUGGCUGAAUCUCAGAAGACAUCUAUCCUACAUGCUAAUGAACCACCAAAACCUUUCCUGGCCCCCAGUAAUCCAUCUGACACAAGCACUCACAUCUUGGACAAACCUGCAGAAGUAUGCUCCUGGACAGGUCAGGCCAUGCUCACCCAUUCCCCCAACAAGGCAGAGCAGAGUCCCUCAGAACGUUUGGGUUAUCAAGGAGUUCCGCAUAAAGAUGCCACAUCAGAUGAAGGGUCAGAUGAGGCUGUACAGCAAAAGAAGAAGAAAUGUGAAACUAGUGAAGAGGCAUAUGGUCUCUUGGAAAGCCUCAGAACUCCUGAGAAAACCCUAUCAAAAACCUCUAACCAAGAAGACUGUUCACCCCCUGGUAAUGGCGAGAGCUGGAAGAGUGAAAUUCGAGAGUGGGGUGGUGGACGGAUUCAGGCGAAGAAAAGUAAGAGCAGAAAGAAGCUCCCUGAAGAGUGGGCCAGUUUACCAAAUACAGGUAGCCCCUCUCUUCCUCCUGACCCAAAUACCACAGUGGACAUAGACAUGGAUAUGUUUAUUCCUGACAUGUAUGAGGGCAAAGACCCUCCUACUACUUUUGUUCAACAAGAGGGUUCAUUGCCUUCUUUCACAGCUGCACUUCAGUCGGCCAUCCCAGCAACAUUAAGUCAGGAGAAUACCAUCUUACUGUCUAACAGCCCUGAUCUAUCCCAGAGCAAUCAAGUCUUGACCUCGAAUCUCACCUCUGGCCUUGAAACUACUGCACAUGCCAUCUCUAGCCCACAUGCAGACACCAAAACCUUCCAGAAAAAUUCAUCUUCCCCAUCAGACCCUUCCAGCAUUGUAGUAAGCCAAAAUCCUGCAGAUCCUGCUUCCCUCACUUCUCAAACAAAUCACCAGGAACCGCUACAGGCAAAGUCCCACCAAGGGAAAGAAGACACUAUUGCAAAAGAGAAGAUAGAGAAAAUUGAUGCUUCACCUAAGACAGAUAUUUUGAACACACUUGUAAAAGCAGACAAGCCUGAAAACACAGAGAAGACUGACAACAAGAAAGUGGACAAUAUGGGCAAGAUCCAGGAGGCAGAGAAACAGGACUCUAAAACUGAGAAGAAUGGAAAACCUGAGAAAGCGAAUAAUGUUGAAGAGACAAAAAAGGAAGUGAUGGAGGAGAAGAAGAAUGGUGGUGAAAAAGUGGAUAAGACAGUCAAGAAUGAGAAGAAUGUGAAGGCUGCCAAAGAGACCAGCAAACCCACUGCAGCUAAUGGAAAUAAAGAUUUGAUCAGUCCUGAUAAAGUUAAGUCCAACAAACAAAAUUCAGCAAAACCAAGCUCACAUUCCACUGGAGAAAAUUCUCGUACCCCCAGCUCCAGUUCAGCAAAUAAAUCAGGUCCUGUGGCCAAGAAAACAUCUCCUACUGGCACCAAGAAGCCACCUGGCAUCACCUCUACCCAUGAGGCAAAGACCUCAGAGAACAGUACUCCAGCCCAGCGGAAGCCUCCAGUUCCAAAGUUUAAUGGGGCUUCAAAAGGCUCAUCUGGCACGAAGACCAGUAGCUCCUCAGUUAAAACCACACUGAAGAAGACCCCUACAAAUGCAGCCAGCACACCAACCACACCAGCCAGUGAUGGCACUCCAGCCCCUCGGGCCUCCCGCAUCACCAAACCUCCUGUGCCCAAGCAGGUGCCCCUGCCAAAGAAGCCCCCAGUGCCACGAGCCCCACGCAAUGCUCGAAUCCCUAACACACCCCUCCCUGAUCUAAAGAAUGUGUCCUCAAAGGUUGGCUCCACAGACAACAUGAAGUACCAGCCCGGUGGAGGCAAGGUUAUGAUAGUACACAAAAAACUGGACUUCAGCCACAUCACUUCCCGCUGUGGCUCCAAGGACAACAUCAAGCAUAUCCCCGGAGGAGGAAACGUUCAGAUUCUGAAUAAAAAAGUUGAUUUAAGCAAAGUGACCUCAAAGUGUGGCUCCAAGGACAACAUUAACCACAAACCAGGUGGUGGUAAUGCGAAGACUGAGUCUCAGAAGAGCAAGCCCAAGUCCAAAACAGGAUCAAUGAACAAUGUGGGCCAAGAGCCAGGAGAUGACCAUGCUGAGGGGGUAGGGGAUCAGCAGAAAUCUGAAGGAAGCCCACCUGCUCCUGCAAACCCACCCAUUCAGACCAGUGGAGGGACGAAGGAGAAGGAGCUAAAAGAGAGCUCUCCUGUACCCCCACCUGCACCCUCUGAAGGACAGGGGAUCUGGAAUUCUCAAAGUCAAGACAAACCGAUCCCUGCCACAAACUGAAUCCUACCGGCUGAGCUUCCAAGGGGAUGCACAAGCUUACACGGAACCGUGGCACCAGUGUCAUCUCCUGGUCCCUUCUGAGUGGCAGCCACCUCUCACCCACAAUGCAUUUGCAGUGUUUCUCUGAGCUCCACAGUCUCCUUCGUCUCAACCUAGCCUGUUGCACAUAGUAGCUAGGGAGUGGGCUCGAAACCAGCACACUAGCAGAACAAAAGCUGAACCUUUUAACACAUUGCCUUUGUGUCACCUUUCUGUCACACCAUUAUCAGCUACCUUUCUCUUCUUUGACCAUCUUCUCUGUUUCCUCAGAUACACACAAAUUGGAUCUCAAUACAAGGCUUUGGCAGGUGUGUAAUCUCAUUCAAGGUUGCGUGAGCUUGGUUUCUGAGCUAGCUUGGUUUGAAAGUGGAGUGCUGGAUAGAAGCUGGCUUAGCCUCAAACUGCUAACUAUACAGAAACAUGCACGCUUAUACAUUCCUUCCCAUUUCAAAAGUGAAGUACAAGGGUCAGAAUAAUCAUACAUAAUUACAGCAUCAAGAGGUGGAAUCUGAAAAUAAGAAUGAUGCCUUGUCCAAAAUGUUUUGCUGUCACUUAACAAAAUAUACAUGCCUAAAUUAUAUGAAAUGAUAUAUGAAUAUGAAUCUACCAGACUAAAAUUCAAAUAUAUAAACACUCCAGGUUUACAGCCAGCCAGUAUUUCCUUUCCCAUUGGCCGCACAUCUCCUAAUGGAAACUCCAACGCAGUCAGUAAGAAGCCUGUAUUACAAGCAGGCCAAACCAUGUUUAUCCCAUCUAAAAUGAGGAAAUCCUAACUACUCAAAAUAUGUCCUCAUAGAGCUCACUCCAAACACCACUCACUUGUUUGACUAGUGACACAGUUACAAUUUUACUCUGAUGUGUUUGCAUAGAUUAUUUUAUGCUACCAUUUGUGGUAAAUUAGUAUGCAGGCUCUCUAAAUGCAAGGACACACACCUUUCCAGCAUGAACAUAUUUACUGUAGCGCAGUGACCCGAAGAAAAAAUUCACACAGCUUAGUGAGGGGUGGUAGAAGAAACCUGACCUGAGGCAGGACAUGCAUACAUACAACAAGCAAAUAAUUCAAUUGUGCACAAUGAGAAUACAAAAUCAAUACUUCCUCUGCUGAGGUCAAAGUUCCACCUCUUCUGUUGCUCCAAUUGGAAGGUUUUUUGGUGAAAAAGCCAAGCAUGUGACUGACAUUCUGUUAAAUAUAUUUAACUCUGCUAUGCUCUGAGGAAUUACUCAUAGAAGAUCAUUUAAAUGCAAAAUCUGACCAAGAGUGCAUCACAGUGAAUAUCGGAAUAUAUUUAGUUUUUAUCUCUAAAAUAGCCCAACAUCUAUUAUACACAGUGUAGUUUUAUAAGGCACGAACUAGUGAACAAUUCAACGAAAGUCUUUUUAAAUAGGCCUCAGUAUGCUAAGAAGCACAAUAUGGAGUUAUGAAAUAACUGAUAUUUGGGAGAAAGACCACGUCUGACGCACUACAAUCAUCCUAGUUCAUUUCUUAUAACUUCCCAUCUGUGGCAAACUUUCUCGCACCCAUCCCCUCCCCAUCCCCUCCCCAUCCCCUCCCUAGUUUCAGAGUUCUCUGCACUUCCUCACUCAGCCUCCAUGACACUUAUUUGAGGGCGUGGUCUGCACUCGCAAAAUUCAACUUGUGAUUAAAAGUCACUUUCUUCAAAAUGCUUAGCAGACUUUAUCCGGAUACAGUGUAAACAUCUAGUGAAACAAAUCAGGCCAGUUAAUGCGAAUUCUGUGUGAAUGUUCAGGCCUUGCACAGAGGGUAUGUGUAUUAUUUAAUGUUUGUGCGCAAGCCUGUGAAUAUAAUUAGUAACAUUUAUAUUCGGCACUAUGUGUACAUGCCUUUGUGCCUAGUGUGAAGUGUGUGUGAACAGUGUGUGAACAGUGUGCAGUGGUCACAUGUAUCCAUGCAUACAGUCAUACUAUCUUACUUUAUGAAUGAUCUCGUGAAUAAUGUCUAGUAAGAGAGUUAAUAUAAUUGCUUCACCUCAACAAAACACACACACAAACCAAAUCGUAUAUAGUUCCACUGGCUAGUAAAAGACAGUGAAAAGGUUUCAUCUGAUGUACUUUCCGCUACAUCUGGUAUUUACAAAUCAGAAUACUUGUGGAAAUUUUCUGUUGUUUUGGUGACAAGUUAAAUAAAUGCAUUACUACUAGAAGGCUGCAGAAGGCGCAAGGCAGUGUAACAUCCUGGAUAUGUUUAGUAGAUACGACAGUCCAUUUUUCAUAUUUUAUAGUGUGUUUUAUAGAUCAGCAUGCUUAGCAAAAGUAAACAGCAAUAAUUUAUGUGCUUCAGAUCUCGAUUCAUUUGGUAUACCUUCACAUCAGAACAUGAGAAAAUUUGCCUCUUGUUUAAUAUUAUACAUUCAAUAUAGAAACACAAACUCCCCAUAUGUUUAACAUAAGCACAUUUAAGCAGUUGGAAACCUGUAAGACAAAAGUUCAGCACAAGUGCUAGAAUAACAUACGUGUGCUGUUAUAUUCUUGAAAAAGCACCAAUACAUCAUUCUUGAUGUCACAUUAGGUUGUGGUCUGUUUACGUGAUAAUGCUUUACUUAUUCAGUCCUAAAAGCACAACAAAACAGCAAGGCACAGUAUUAAGACAUUAAUGAGUUAUACAUUAUUCAAAAAUAUUCUCAGUAUAAUCUCUGGUCAUUAGAACGUAUUUGAACCAGUUAAAGGAAGCUGAGCUUUGCUAUAGUUUAGGAAUCAGGCAUGAUCUGUUUAAAUGUUUGAUGCAUUCAGUGUUUUGAGUGUUUUUACUCUUCAACUGACUGGGUGCAGUUUAGUUCGUUUGUGGUUCUUUUGCCGUUUCACCUACAAUCACCAAACAAACUAAUUCUCUAAUUCUCUAUUAGAUUGAGGUCACACAGAUUUGGCCCUAUGUACCGUAAAGUUGUCAGUAUGUGACAUGGGAGUUUCAGUGUCGUGUUCUGGUUGGACAUGAAGCCCAAAAUUGGGACAAUUAACAAUCCUGUUUUCAAAUAUAUUCAUCCAGGUGCACAGCUUACUCACACUGUCCAAUGCUAUUGGUGACUGAGACGUUUUUUUCCCAAUCUGGGGAGUGUAUGAACUUCUAUUUUGUUCCUCUACUAUUACGUUUUGUUAACUAAGGCUGCAAAACAACCCACUGUAGAUUUUUUUCUGAAUGUGUGGCAGGUGAUUCUGACAAAUACGAUAUUGGUAAAAGGACCAAAUGUUUUUCAGUAUAACAAAGCACUGAAUUCCAGUUUAUCCACGCCCAGCCUUGAACAGCAAUUGUCUUUUGUAAUUUAUUGUUUUGUGUUUCAAGUUAUGCAUGCUGGGGUUUCUUUUGUUGAAUGAAUUUUAUUGUGUUUAGUAAAAGCUAAUUUCAGUGUUCCAACAGAGAUGUCAAAAAAAAAUUUCCUAACAUCUUGUGGGUUGGACAGAGCAACAGAAUAUGCCCUAGAUUACUGAUUAUUUAACAUACGAUUGUGUGGAGGCGAGGUGCACUCCUGAAAUAGAUAACCUUAAACACUGUACAGCAAUAAUAAUACAUGAUUUUCAUCCCAGUUUAGAAUGUAAUUAAAUCUUUCACUAUAUGAUUAAAAACAGACAGACUUGUACACCAUGCAUGAUCAGGGUUACACCAUAUUCCUUUUUUAAUAUCCACUCACCUGUUUAAUGGGAAUCAAAUUAGGACUCAUGACAGGCAGACGUGUCCUUGAGUGUCCUUUAGGAAGCAGAAGAGGAAAUAUAGGGUAAAACUCAUCUUUAAGCCCAACAAAAGUGGUUGCCAUCAUCUGAUGCUUCUGAUACGUAGAGUUUGAAGGCAUCAGUCAGUCAAUAUUGUCUGUGACAUAAAACCAUAGUCGUACAGUGGAUUGUGUAAAGUAUAAAACAGUGGCAUUAGGCAGCUCCAGUAUAUGUACGGGCUCAGUGUGUUUACUCAGUAUUUAACUCUCAAUUUAAAAUAAACUUUAGACAUCAGUUUUGUGCUUGAUGUAUUGAUUUGAGCUGUUUUACCUAUUAAAUGUGUACUCUUUGUUGUGGUUGUCAAGAAUUGAUGUGAAAGUUAAUCAUUAAAAAAAUGGCUAGCAAAAAAGUGUCCAUUUAAUUUUCUGUGGUCUCAAUAUACACACAAGGGGUGAAAUAGUAUGUAAAAUGUACUGCAUACAUAUUUUCACACAUCAUUAUAUCAAAUAGCUCAGCUCAGGAAAUGAAGGAUUGUU